AGUCAGCUCACAUAAAGGCCAGCAGGACGUUCAUUUACUGUUUUCCAAAUCGGGGAAUUGUAAUACAUUUUCGUCACUAUUAUAUGGAUUUAUUCACGAUGAGGAACAGAGAUUAUAGAAGACAAUGGACGUACAGGUGGAUCAUUUUGCUUUUUGCUUUUGUGGUAUGUUUUUGGAAAACCGCUGCUGCUCAAAUACGCUAUUCUAUUCCCGAAGAAUUAAACCAUGGUUCUCUUGUUGGAAAUAUAGCCAAGGAUCUGGGGCUUGAUAUUAACACACUAGCGGACCGCAGAUUUCGUAUUGUUUCUGGAACAAAGCAGCAGCUAUUGCAGGUAAAUCAAAAGACUGGCGUUUUGUUUGUUAAUCACAAUAUUGACAGGGAGAAACUAUGUGAUAGAAAUAAUAACUGUUUACUCAACAUCAAAACUGUUAUAGAAAACCCGCUAGAAAUUCAUUAUGUUGGGGUAGAAAUUUUAGAUAUAAAUGACAAUUCUCCGAGUUUCCCAGAAAAAGAGACGAGCCUGGAAAUUGCAGAGUUGACGCAGCAGGGAGCGCGCUUCCCGUUAGAGGCUGCGCAUGACGCAGAUGUUGGUACAAAUUCACUGAGCUUUUAUCAAUUGAGCCAAAACGAACAUUUUGAACUAGAAGUAAAGGAUCGUGGCGAAGAUAAUAAAAUUCCCAUUUUGAUAUUACAAAAACCUUUAGAUAGAGAACGUAACCCUGAGCACAAUUUGCUUUUGACAGCCUUUGAUGGUGGAAACCCGGCCAGAUUUGGCACCCUCAAUAUUACUGUAACUGUUCUUGACAUUAACGAUAAUGCACCUGUGUUUGAUAAAGAGGUGUAUUCAGUAACGCUGCAGGAAAAUGCGCCGGUAGGCACCUUUGUUGUAAAGGUAAAUGCUAUAGAUUUAGAUGACGGAUUUAAUGGAGUCGUUGACUACUCUUUUGGUAACACAUUGAGGAGUAAAGUGUCGGAACUCUUUGUCUUGGACAGUAACACAGGUGAAAUCAAGGUGAAAGGAUUGAUAGAUUUCGAAGAAAAGGAGUCUUAUGAGAUUGAUGUACAAGCUACCGAUAAGGGACACUCUCCCUUGACUGUGCACUGUAAUGUUGUUGUACAGAUACAAGAUGUAAACGACAAUACACCGGAGAUAGAGGUAACCUCCUUGUCAAGCCUCAUUUCCGAGGACGCAAAACCUGGAACCGUGAUCGCUCUGAUUAGUGUUACAGACCUUGAUUCUGACAUUAAUGGUAGAAUGUUUUGCACACUAUCUGAAAAUAUUCUGUUUGAGUUGAAACCGUCUUUUCAGGAAAAUGUAUAUUCCUUAAUAACCAAGGCGCAUUUAGAUCGUGAGAUUUCAUCGCAGUACAAUAUUACAAUAACAGCACAAGACCUUGGCCACCCGUCUUUGUCUUCUUUUAAAACUAUCACAGUCAAAGUGUCUGAUAUUAAUGAUAACAGUCCGAGCUUUACUCAAGAUUCAUAUACUUUUUACGUUCUUGAAAACAACGCACCUGGAGGUUCCAUUUUUUCAGUAAGUGCGUUCGAUCUGGAUCAAAAUGAAAAUGCACGUGUCUCAUAUUAUGUCAAGGCAGGUGAUGUUUUGGGCAAGCCCGUGUCAACUCUCCUUAGUAUUAAUUCAGACAAUGGAAAUGUGUAUGCGAUAAGAAGCUUUGAUUUUGAAGAACUUAAAAACUUUAAAUUCCAAGUGUUGGCAAAAGACUCUGGGGUGCCACCACUCAGCAGCAACGUCAUUGUGAGUGUUUAUAUUCUUGAUCAAAAUGACAAUGCGCCGGUGAUCUUGUCUCCAUUAAGUAAAGACGGUUCUGCUGAAGCCGUAGAGACAAUUCCACGAAAUGUGAAAGCAGGAUAUUUGGUAACAAAAGUUAGAGCUCACGACGCUGAUAUUGGAUACAAUGCCUGGUUGUCGUUUUCAUUGCAACAAGCUACCGAUCCUACUCUCUUUGGUUUAGAGCGCAAUACAGGAGCAAUUAGGACACUUCGACCAAUAACUGAAACUGACGCCACUGAACACAAACUGAUCAUAGUGGUGAAAGACAAUGGAAACUAUUCCCUUUCUACCACAGCAACAAUACGCAUAACAACUGUCGAGAAUACGGAGGCAUUUGCAUUUUCUGACUUCAAAAGCAAUACCAAAGAGCAAGAAGGAAAUAACCUAACUUUUUAUUUGAUAGUCACUUUGGGUUCAAUUUCAUCACUGUUUGUGGUGAGCAUAAUCACCUUGAUUGCUAUUCAGUGUCACAGACCAAGGGAUUAUAUAAGCACCAAGUAUUCCCGCGAUACAGACUACGCCGAGGUUAGUGGAAAUGGAUCAUUGUGCCAUAGCUACCAGUACAGAGCUGCAGAGAAACAUUUUAUGUUUGUUGGACCUGCAAUGAAUAUAGGAUCUGCAUCAGGCGUUGGAAGUAACAGGAAUACUCUGGUUCUCUCUGAGAAUGGAAUGAUAGCUUCUGGAGAGUUGGAUUAA